AUGGGAUGCCUUUGUAGCUUCAAGAUUAGGGAGAAACUUGAGUACCUUCAUCGAUUGGCUCGAAAAGGAUAUGCUAGUUUGGAGGAUCAAUUGGAGGAAACCAUGCCCGAGGUAGGAAUUGAUCGAUCUACCUUAUGGAAGAAAGCUAGACAAGACAAACAUGGUAACAUCCCGGAUCCAAAGGUGGCAGAGAAAGCAAAAUUAAUUGAUGAAUUGCAAAAACAAGUCUCUGAAGGCAGUCUUACUUUAUCUAGCAGUAAUGAUGUGUUGACAAUGGUUUUGGGUCCUGAGCAUCCAAGGAGAGUUAGAGGGGUAGGUGUUGGGAUUUUCCCUAGGCAAUACUUCAACUUACCUAGACAACAGAGGGUAAAGUUUGCCGAUCAAUUAAGGGAAAGUGUAAGACUUGUCCUUCAAGAAGAGACUUUGAAGAUGGAAGCUAGAUCAAGGGAAGAGACUUUAAAGAUGGAGGCUAGAACCAAGCAAUUGCUUUCCCAACUCAUCCCCAAUUUUGAUCCAAGCAUGCUUAAAUCGAAAACUAGCCCCUGUCAAAACCAAGGUCAAGAGCAAAGUCCCAAAAAUCCAAUGUCGGACAAAGCAAGCUGCUCUGGGGCUCUUGAUGGGAGAUCCCAACAUUUUGAGGAUGAUACUGCCAAGAAUGAGGAAAAGUAG